GCGUUUUCUAUAUAUAUAGAACAAAUACGUCGAUUAACAGCUCAGCAGACGGAAUUGGUAGCCAGCGAUACAGACGACCAAGUUUAUCUCUCCCCUAUAUAGUACACUGUACAUAAAAACCCUUCUGGAAUCCCAGAAGGCAAUAUCAUCUGAUAACCAAUCUUUGGAAAAAACAUAUGGUGAAAUGUCUGCGGACCGACUGGAUGUGAUAAUCUUUGGGGCCAGUGGCUUCACCGGCAAGUACACGGUUUUCGAGGCGGUCACGGUGCUCAGCGGUCUGCGAUGGGGAAUCGCGGGCAGGAACCGCGAGAAACUGGAGGCGGUGCUGAAGGAGAUGGGUGCCAAGGCCAAAAAGGACCUCUCGCAGGUUCCUAUUUUCAUCGCGGACGUCAACGACGAGGCUUCCCUGCUGGAAAUGGCUAAGAAGUGCAGGAUUGUGGUGAACACUGCUGGACCCUAUCGGUUCCACGGCGAGAAGGUCGUAAAGGCAUGCAUAGAGUCGGGCACUAACCAUGUGGACGUCAGCGGAGAGCCCCAAUACAUGGAGACCAUGCAGCUUAAGUACGACCAGCGUGCCAAGGAAAAGGGCGUGUACGUGGUCAGCGCGUGUGGUUUUGACUCGAUUCCUGCCGACAUGGGAGUCAUCUUUGUGGAAAAGAACUUUGACGGUGUCGUGAACUCCGUGGAGACCUUCCUGGAGAGUGGGAUCAAGGAGGGCGGAAGCGGUGGAGGCAGUGCAGGCCUUAACUACGGAACCUGGGAGAGUGCCGUCUAUGGGCUGGCCCACUCGGACGAGCUGCGCGGCAUCCGGCAGAAGCUCUUCCCUCAGAGACUACCCAAAUUUUAUCCCGUCCUCCGGCCAAGACCCUUGGUCUUCCGCGCCAACGAGGUGGACAAAGUGUGCCUGCCCUUCCCCGGCUCCGAUCGCUCGGUGGUGAUGAGAUCCCAGCGCUUCCUCUACGAGCAGGAAAAGAAGAGACCCGUGCAGAUGCAGGCCUACGUGGGAUUCCCAUCUUGGCUGGCUGCCGGCGCUGUGAUCCUUUUCGCCAGCAUCUUCGGUCUGCUUUCUAAGUUUCAGCUGGGCCGCACGCUGCUCCUUAAGUACCCCGGCUUAUUUUCCGGUGGAUUGGCUUCGCGUUCCGGACCAAGUGAGGAGUCAAUGGAACGCACCUAUUUCAGGAUGACUUUCAAGGCCACCGGCUGGCCCAAAAGCGAUCGCCUGGCAGAAAGUUCAGACCAGUAUACGGAGCCUCCCACCAAGACGUUAAUGGUGCGUGUUUCGGGUAUGAACCCUGGAUAUGGAGCCACCUGCGUGGCCUUGCUGUCCACGGCGUUGACCAUUCUUCGCGAGUCCGAAAAGAUGCCCAACAACGGCGGAGUUCUAGCGCCAGCUGCCGCUUUUUCCAAAACCAGCCUCAUAAGCGAGUUGGAGAAACACGAUCACGGCAUCAAGUUCGAAAUUCUGGCCAAUAAGUGAACUGCAGACCGAACCGAACAAAACGGCUCUCUAUUAACCGCUAGCUGAGUUUUUUGCACUGUUUUAAAAAUAACUUAUAUAAGCACUUAUUAAAUGUACUAACACAGCCGAUAAA